GGCAGAAGAAGACACCGAAGCGGCUGUGUUUUUAGCCUGGUGUCAGUGUGACCCUGCUCUGUGUUCGCGGUGGAGCUGCUAGCGGUCACCUGGAUGUGUCCAGCAGCAGGCCUGUCCGGCAGAGCGUCCGAAUACAGCAGCCGACUUCUCACUGCUCCCCUGGAGAAAGUCAGCCAGCUAAGCUAAGCGAGCUAAGCUAAGGGCGCUACGCUAAGCUAAGUGAGCUAAGCUAAGUGCGCUGCUGUGGGUCAGAAAGCGGACACACACUGAGCUCCCAGCGGACACACAGCGGCAGCAGCACGGCUGUAGUUCAGAGGAGAUGAGGCGGGGUCAGCUGUGAGCCGCUAAACUUCACUAAAAGUUGUUGGACUUCAGUGUUCCCUUGGUGGCUAACAACGCUGAAUCAGAUGCCAUCUCUUCAGACAGCAAGAGUGAGGUGGCAUCUGAGGACAACAGAGAGCUAAGAGUGGAGCUGUCAGGACUGAUGAAGACCUCAGCAUGGUGAGAAGAGCAAAGAUGGACCUGCUGAGAGCGCUCGUCAGUGAGUGUCUGUCUGCGGCAGCCGAGGAGAUCUUCAAGAUUGUAGAAAGGACAAUUAUAGAGUAUGAAGAGGAAAUGUCCUGUUCAAAGUGGGUGGUGGACAGCCACCACAGACUGCUGGAUGUUGCCAAGUCACAUAGUGAAGACUCUAUCCAGAUGUGUGCCACAGAUGUGCAGCAGCAGCCUCCUGCCAGAGUCAACUUUAGUGUGUGCUGGGAGGAACCAGACAACACUAUCAUGUCACAGUCCACAGAGCUGACAGACUGUCCCCGUGUUAAGAGCAUUCACCGACACACUCUUCCUGCCACCGACAAUGAUCAGAGUGAUCAGGACACACCAGCUGACAGCGAAGAGGACGAUGUGAAGCAAGAGUGUGACUUGAGGUCACCCCAAAAACCCCUCUGCGUCAAGAAACCCUUUAAAUGUUCUGUUUGCCUCAGUGGGUUUUCUUCCAAGAAGACAAUGGUGCGACACAUUAAAAAGCACUCGGAGGACAAAUCUUCGUUUUACCAGUGCCAGUUCUGUGACAGCUACUUCUGCCACAAGUCUGAGUUCAUCAUUCACACCAGGAUACAUAAAGGUGCCAAACCACACCGGUGCCAAGACUGUGAGAAGAGUUUCGACCAAAGGAACAACCUGUUCAUUCACAGGCAGAAACACACUGAGGAGAAACCCUAUUUGUGUUUUAGUGAAAAGCUGGGAACAAAAACUCACAUCAGAUCAGUGACAGCUGUCAGUAAGAUGGACUCGGAGCUGGAACAGAGACAAGAUGAAGCUGGGGUUAAGGCAUUUCCACUUGCUGUCACUCCCUAUGACAAGAGUGAGUUUGAUCAGGAGUCUCUGCAGCCCUUGUGUCUUUAUCAAAUCCAGACUGUUGCUGAUAUAGAUAAAGACUCCUCUGCAGUAUUUGCAGUGGAUCAUAUUAAAACUGAAACUGGACCUGACAGUGGAGCUGAUGAGCAGCGUCUCCUUUCAGUGAGUCCAGCUGAAAAAGAGGCAGAGGACAGGCAGCCAAAACAUCUUACUGUCAGAAAUAUCCUGCCGAGGAGGCCUUCAGGGAAAUCUCCUGAGCUCAUCAUCCAAUUUGAAGCAGGAACUGCACAGAAACCCUACAAGUGUCCUUGCUGCACCAAAUGUUUCUCCUUGACCAAGACUUUAAUACGACACAUAAAGAUCCACACGGAGGACAAACCCUAUCAGUGCCAGUUCUGCGGCAGGAACUUUUGUCAAAAGUCAGACCUGGUCAAUCACACAAGGAUACACACAGGGGAGAGACCUUACCAAUGCCAAGAAUGUAACAAGUCAUUUGCGCAGAAAGGCAACCUGGUGGUUCACAUGAGGAAACACACAGGGGAGAAACCAUAUCAGUGCCCAGCGUGUCACUGCAGCUUCAGUCAGAAGUCUGCUUUAGAUUGUCACAUGCAGAGUCAUAGGUAGUCACAGGCUAUGAAACUGAAACAUGUCUGUAGCACCACGUUUGUCUCUCUUUCAACCACUUGCCCUAGUUGCCUGACCAGUUCUGAGAUACUUUGUCCCAGUUGUCCGGUCAUAAUAGGUCUCUCAAAUUCUUACACCUGCACAUUUCUCCUUCAUCCAACAUGUUGACUACAAGAGCCAAGUGUUUGUUGACCAUCUAAUGCAUUCCAGCCGUUUAUAUGCACUUUUGUUAGGAAACAGGCGACAUUAUAGGCUUCGUCUGUGUAUCAAAAUAUUUUGGAUCCUUUGUGCGUAGAGCUAAGUUCUGUAGUGUUACAUGAUGUUUUGUGUGUGUUGAAUUUAUGGUUUAUGAAACUCAAAAGUCUUGUCCAUGUGUAACAUUAAGGAAUAUUUUGUUGGCAGUAAAUUGUAGACUGACUAUCUCUUGCUUUUUUCUUUUUACUGAAAUGUUCAGAUGUGUAAGUUUCGCUAUAUUUGCAGAAAAGCCGCUUCUGUAAUAGUCCACUUGAUACACCAGAUAAAAGAAAAUCUUAUGA